CACACGCACGCACACAGCGCCGCGCCCGUCGAGCCGCUUAUUUAGGUAUAUUGUUGUUUAUUUUAUUCGGCGCUAUGCUCCGACACGGCGAGCCUUUCGACUCAGUUUUAACGCGCACGUUUUAUGAAACGACAACUAUGCGUUGAUGUGCGCUCGGACAAUUAUUAAUAUCGGCACGACCGAAAUAAACCGGUAAACAAAUUCGCGAUUUUUAUUGGUUAACACUUUGUUGAAACGUGAGGUUUUAUUUAUGUUUUUUUAUAACCUAUUCGCAUUGUCGCUGGCCGGUGCCGGUUGUCUCCGCGAAUUUUAAUAGCCGUUAAUCAUAGUUUAUUUUUGCGCGCAACGUGUGUAACAAAUGUGCGAGGACUUUUUCUAUGGACAAUUUUUUGUUUUAUAAAACUGAGGAAGUGAUUAUAAUUACAAAAAUUAUAAAUUAGUUGUAAUAAAUUCGCGAAAUGAAAAGUCAUUUUUUAUGAGAACGCGUUCUAUUUUUGAACAAUAGCUCGGCGGGCGGGAGUGUUCAAACUUUUGAAUUUGGAAUGUCAGUUUUGGCGGGAAGCCGGGAAGUAGGUUCUUCCGAAAGUUUGGAAAAGUGUUGAGCACACAUCGUCUGCCAGUGUUUUUCUAACGCGUUUUCGAGGCUAAGCGCUAGUUGUUUGAACAAGUGUGUUUUCUAAUGGAUUUAUUUUGAGAUUGUAUUCAAAACAUUCGAUCGGCGCUGGCAUUCGGAGCACGAGUGCGGGGUGCACCGGAGUGCCGCAAGGAGGUGUGUUGGGCCCGGUGUUGUAUGUGAAGUGACACUUGUGCUGGAUGUGUCUCCAGAAGGAUGAGAGUGGUGACAUAGAUGCCGAUGUGACGAGACCAAUGGUGCAGCUACCUUUACUGGUGGGUCCCGAGCCGGCACUGAACUCGAACCCGGGCGCCGCGAAGCCGCCGCUACUAAACUCUUUCGAGCUGGACCGCUGUUUGGACAGAGAGGAGUCCGGCAGGUGGGGCGGCGAAGCGGCGCGGCGGCGUCGGCGCAGCUCGCCCCGCGCCGCGCCUCACCCCCGAGACCAUGAGCCUCUCGCUCUUGCACGGGCGUCAGCCCCAACCUCCCCAACAGCUGGGUCAGCCCACUCCUCACCAGCCCCCGUCUCCCCAGCCGGCAGCACUGCUGGCGCGCGCUCCCCGCUGCCGCUGGUCGCGCCAGACCUGCUGGCCAUGCAGCUCCUCGACCAGCACUCGCAGCUCCAGGCGCUCAUGAAGCAGCGGCUGUUCCACCAGCAUCAUAUGCAGAAGCAGCACUUAUCCUCGGAGGCAGCCAAGCGUCAGCUGGAACAAUCCCGGCUGCAAGACCAGAUAAACCUGAACCUGCUGUCACAGUCUCAUCUGCCGCCUCCUGAUGCUUCCCCUGGUUCCCUUCAACAGCAGCUCGGCGCGCAGCAGCAACAGCUGGUGCAGCAGCUGCAAGCUGUACAGCGCCAGUACCUCAUGCACGGGCCCCUCUCCGUGCCGCCUAAUGCUCCUCCAGGUCUCAUGCUAUGGGGGAGCGAGAUGGAAGAACACCCGCUGUUCGGGCGCGGAGUAUGCAAGUGGCCCGGCUGUGACGCGCUGGCUGACGACUAUCAGGCGUUCCUCAAGCACCUGGAAGCAGCUCACACCCUCGACGACAGAUCAGCCGCGCAGGCCCGCGUGCAGAUGCAGGUGGUGGCUCAGCUGGAGUUGCAGCUGCGUCGCGAGAGAGACCGUCUGGCGGCCAUGAUGAGACACCUGCAUGCUGCUAGGGACUCUAGUCAUCAUCAGCCGAAACAUCCUCAUGGAGCACCCAAUGAAGGCACAUCACCCGGACCAGUGCGUCGCCGAGUCUCCGACAAAUCUGGUGUGGCUAUUGCGGGUGAAAUCCAACGCAACCGCGAAUUUUAUAAAAGCGCAGACGUUCGGCCUCCGUUCACAUAUGCUUCGCUGAUUCGACAGGCCAUUAUAGAGUCUCCAGAUAAGCAGCUGACCCUCAAUGAGAUCUACAAUUGGUUCCAGUCAACCUUCUGCUACUUCCGACGCAAUGCUGCUACGUGGAAGAACGCGAUCCGGACGAACCUCUCAUUGCACAAAUGUUUCGUGCGGUACGAAGACGACUUCGGAUCCUUCUGGAUGGUGGACGACGCUGAGUUCGUGAAACGUCGGCACCUGAGCCGAGGACGGCCGAGGAAGUACGAGCCAGCCCCGGGACCGAACCCGCCCGCACAGUUCAUGGGAGCACAGAGUCCUCCGAUGAUGACCAGCCCUCAUGGCUACAGUGAAGCUCUCAAACGGAAUCUUCAGGGUAUGAUGGAGGAAUGCAACCUGUCAUACAUGUCGAGCGAAGAUCACAUCAUGCAGGGGGCGGAAGAAUAUCCUUCGUCCCACGAUGACUACAGCCGGCCGUCCAUGCUGAAUGGCUACGGCAGCAGCGGCUCGCACGAAGUGAAGGCCGAGGACCUGAGCGGCGCCGACCAGGACAUCAAACCUAACAUUUACGCUCUCAAGAAUGAGAUGCAGGCUUCCGACUACUCUAACAAAGACUACACCAACUCCACCAAGGAGUCUUCAAGCAACCGCUCCGGUGACACCAGCCCGUACGACGACUACCCUCGCCCCGAGGACCGGUACCGGCCCUCGGCCUCCCACAUAAAGGACGAGGCAGAAAACCUCUCGCUUAACGAACAGAGAUCUGACAAGUAAACAGUUGGCAAGUUAUCGACAGUUGUGGUACGGUACUCCCAUAGAGUAUGAGGCCGAAAACAUUCCACUAAACGAACUCGGAUCUGACAAGUAAAAACUAGUGACUGGGCAUUUUGGUACGGUACCUUAGGCCUCCGAUAAAGCGCGAGGCCUAAAACAAAAAGUGACUGGACGGUUUUGGUACGGUACAAUCGGUACAUCCAGCCUCGAAAAUAAAGCCAAAAUAUCUUGCUCAACGAGCUGAGAUCUGACAAGUCAAACAAGUGACUGGACAGUUUUGGUACGGUACCUUCAGCCUCAUAAAGCGCGAGGCCGAAGUCUCUCGCUCAGAGAUCUGACAUGUAAAAAGAAGUGACUGGACAGCUUCGGCACGGUACCUUCGGCCUUGGCGCGGCCUCAUAAACAUUUCAUUCAACGAACAGAGAUCUGACAAAACAAGUGACUUGGUACGUAACAAAACUGUACUGAAGGUACCGUUACCUUCGGCCUCGCAAAAAUUAUGAGGCCGAAAACCUCAACGAGCAGAGAUCUGAUAAGUAAGGUCAAAAGUGGAUGGACAAUUUUGGUACCGGCCUUUGGCCUCGCGUCGGACAAUUUCCGCAUCGGCCUCCGGCAAAUGACGAGGCCUUUAGUGAAGACAGGAACUAGUGAUGGACAA